CCCUCUCAUGGCAGGUGCUCUAUGAAAUGACAGUGUGGACGGGGGACGUGGUCGGCGGGGGCACUGACUCUAACAUCUUUAUGACCCUCUAUGGCAUCAAUGGGAGCACAGAGGAGGUGCAGCUGGACAAAAAGAAAGCCAGGUUUGAGCGGGAGCAGAACGACACCUUCAUCAUGGAAAUCCUAGACAUUGCUCCAUUCACCAAGAUGCGGAUCCGGAUUGACGGGCUGGGCAGCCGGCCCGAGUGGUUUCUGGAGAGGAUCCUCUUGAAGCACAUGAACACUGGAGACCUCACCAUGUUCUACUACGGAGACUGGCUCUCCCAGAGGAAGGGCAAGAAGACCCUGGUAUGCGAGAUGUGUGCCGUCAUCGAUGAGGAGGAGAUGAUGGAGUGGACCUCCUACACUGUCACGGUUAAGACCAGUGACAUCCUGGGAGCAGGCACUGAUGCCAACGUGUUCAUCAUCAUCUUUGGGGAGAAUGGGGACAGCGGGACACUGGCCCUGAAGCAGUCAGCCAACUGGAACAAGUUUGAGCGGAACAACACAGACACAUUCAGCUUCUCUGACAUGCUGAGCCUGGGCCAUCUCUGCAAGCUGAGAGUCUGGCAUGACAGCAAAGGGAUAUUUCCUGGCUGGCAUCUGAGCUAUAUCGAUGUGAAGGACAACUCCCGUGAUGAGACCUUCCGCUUCCAGUGUGACUGCUGGCUCUCGAAGAGCGAGGGUGAUAGACAGACCGUCCGCGACUUUGCCUGUGCCAACAAUGAGAUCCAUGAUGAGUUGGAAGAGACCACCUACGAGAUCGUCAUAGAAACGGGCAACGGAGGCGAAACCAGGGAGAAUGUCUGGCUCAUCCUGGAAGGAAGGAAGAACCGAUCCAAAGAGUUUCUGGUGGAAAAUUCUUCUAGACAGCGGGCCUUUAGGAAGGGGACCACAGACACGUUCGAGUUUGACAGUGUCUACUUGGGGGACAUUACCUCCCUCUGCGUGGGCCAUCUCGCCAGGGAGGACCGGUUCAUCCCCAAGAGAGAGCUGGUCUGGCACGUCAAGACCAUCACUAUCACCGAGAUGGAGUACGGCAAUGUGUACUUCUUCAACUGCGACUGCCUCAUCCCGCUCAAGAGGAAGAGGAAGUACUUCAAGGUAUUUGAGGUCACCAAGACCACUGAGAGCUUUGCCAGCAAGAUCCAGAGCCUGGUGUCCGUCAAAUACGAGGUCAUCGUGACAACGGGCUAUGAGCCUGGGUCUGGCACUGACGCCAACGUCUUCGUGACCAUCUUUGGGGCCAAUGGGGACACCGGCAAACGUGAACUGAAACAGAAGAUGCGCAACCUCUUUGAGCGCGGCAGCACCGACCGCUUCUUCCUGGAGACGCUGGAGCUGGGCGAGCUGCGCAAGGUGCGGCUGGAGCACGACAGCAGCGGCUACUGUUCCGGCUGGCUGGUGGACAAGGUGGAGGUCACCAACACCAGCACCGGCGUGGCCACCAUCUUUAACUGCGGCCGGUGGCUGGAUAAGAAGCGGGGGGACGGCCUCACUUGGAGAGACCUCUUCCCUUCUGCCUGAGGAGCUGGAGGCCCCUUGUCCACCCUCUCCUUGAGAUGCCUCGGGCCACAACUUCCUGCCCUCC